AGCUGCAGAGCGACGCAGCCUGCGGUGCAGUCAUCACACCCUUCUGGGUACCAGCUCCCCGCUGCCCUGCGCAGGCAGGCUGGCAUCGGGCCCAGGAAAAGCGGAGCAGAUCUUCCCAUACAUCUGCAGUAGGGCUGUUUACCACUGGAAACAAGGGAGAGGGGGAGACUUGUCUAGAACCGUGGAGAUCUACCUGCAGGUUUGCUGCAGGGCUUGAGAUGACUGGAAGCAAAGAAACAAGGAGGAAAUUGCCCCUGAUCAGUAGAGACUGGUUCAUAGAUCUCAUGAGUAUAUAGACCUACUUUCGGGUGUAUCACAAAUCAAGAGAAGGAAAGAGGAGGGAACUGCUUUGGAUCAAUACAGGUCCACCUCCAGUGACAGCUGUAGUGGCCUUUGAGCUGAAGACCAGCACCCUUACAGACUUAUCACACUCCUUCCCCAGCCCUUCUGAUCCCCCUUACCUUAUUUGUGGCAUCAGCAGGGGUGAUUACAUGGGUCGCAUUCAGGAAGUGGGCUGGGUGACUGCAGGACUGGUGAUCUGGGCUGGUACCUGCUAUUACAUUUACAGAUUAACCACAGGAAGAGCCCAGAGUAUGAGGAGACUUGCCAGCAAUGGGUCUAGAGUCAAGAUGGAAACUGUGGCUGGUGUACAGACCCAGACCUUGGCUACGAGUGAAGCCAUGGAUGGGACAGAGAUUGAGACUAGAUCCAAGGUCAAGACUGGAGCAGAAACUGAAACAGGAGGUGGGGCUGGGGCUGAUAUAGAGAUGAAGGCCACUGCUAGAGGCAGACCCAAAGCCAACUCUCAGGCCAAGGCAAUGGUUGGGGCAGAGGCAGAGGUCCAGUCUGAGGUCAAAACAAUGGCUAUGACAGAGGCAGUGACUCUGACUGAAGCCAAAAUCAAAGCCAAGGAAAUGGCCAUGAAAGAGGCAGUGACUCAAACUGACUCUGAGGCUGAGAGAGUAGUCAAGAAAGAAGCAGUGACCCAGACCAAAGCUAAAGCUUGUGGACUACUUGCCAGGGCAGAGGCCAAGAAAGAAGCAAUGACCCAGACCAAAGUGGAAGCUCAUAUAUUUGCUGAAAAAGAGACAGAGUUGAACAGAGUACUGGUGACACAGAAUGAGGCCUUGGCAAUAACCAGGGAAGUAGCCAAGAUGAAUGCCAUAAACAAGACUGGAAUUGUGGCUGAGACCAAAGCAAGAGCCCUGGAAGAGACUAUGAAUGUGGCCAAGACUCAGUCUGAGGCAAGGUGUGGUACCACAGUUGAUGCUAAGGGAAAUCUUAAUACCAUGUCCAGGGCAGGAGCUGGAAUGGAUAUAAGGUCGUAUGCACCAUCUCAGGCUGUGGCCAAGAUCCAGGUUGAUGACAUGCCUUGUGCUGGGCUUGAAGACAAGGGAAAUUGCAAAAUUAUGUGUCAAGCAGAGUCUGGGGCAGACAUGAGGACUUCUGCCCAGACUCAGAUUAUAACCAAGGCUCAGGCUGAGAUCAUGACUGGGGUAAGGGUUGAUGCUGGGGGUAAUACCAAUGCCAUGUACAAGGCAGGAACAGGGACAGAUAUGAGAGCUUCUACACAACAUCAGACUAUGACCAAGAAACAGGUUGAGGCAAUGUCUGAUGCCAGGGUUGAUGAAAAGGGAAAUAUCAAUGUCACAACUAGGGCAGUGACUGAAGCUCACAUGAAGACUGUUUCUCAGCCUAAGACUAUGCCUGAUGCCAGGGUUAAGGAUAGAGACAAUUCUAAUGCCAUGUCUAAAAUGGGGGCCAAGGCAAACCUGAAUGUCAAUUCUCAGGUUGAAGCUUUGCCUGAUUCCAGAGUUCAGACCAGGGGUAAUCCCAAUGCCAUUUCUAAGUUAGGGGUUGGAACAGAUAUGUUGUCCUGUAUACAACCUCAAUCUAUGGCCAGUGUCCCAGGAGAUGCCUUGCCUGAUGGUAAGAUUAAUGCUGAAGGCAAUGCCAACACAAUGUCUAAGGAAGGGGCUGGGACAGACACAAAGGCACAGUCUCAGGCUUUUGCCACAAGCCAGGUUGAAGCCUUACCUAGUACUAGAACUAAGGCUAGGGGCAAAGCCAAAGGCAAAAGAAAGGCCAGGGUCAGGACAGACACGAAAACCUAUGCACAGCCUCAGGGUGGGGCCAAGUCCCAAGCUGAUGACAGGGGAGACCCUGACGCCAUUUCUAGGGCAGAGGCUAAGGCAGAAAUGAAGCCCUGUGGUCAGCCUCAGGCUAUGGCCAAUAUCCAGGAUGAAGCCUUGUCUGGUAUCCAGAAUAAGCUCUGGGGUAAUCCCAAAGCUGUGUCUAAUGUAGGGGCUGGGCCAGACACAAAUGGCUCUGUCCAGCCUCAAACAGAUAUAACACAAUCUGCUUGGCCACAGACUGUGGCCAAUUCUCAGGGUGAGGCCUUACCUGGUGCCAGUAAUAAGGUCAGGGGAAAUCCCAAUGCUGUGUCUAAGACAGAGACUGGAGCAGAUACAACAGGUUCUGCACAGACCCAGGAUCUUUCAAAUUCACAAGGCAAAGCCUUGCUUGGUGCCAGGAAUAAGAACAGGCGCAAACCUAAUGCUGUGUCUAAGUCAGGGGCUGGAUCAGAUGCAGUUGGCUCUGCCCAGCCCCAGGCUGUGACCAAUUCCCAAGAGGAGGCUUUGCCUAGUGCCAAGAAUAAGCUCCAGGGCAAUCCCAAUGCUGUGUCUAAGGCAGAGACUGGAGCAGAUAUAAUGGACUCUGUCCAGUCACAGGUUGUGUCAAAUUCCCAAGGUGAAGCCUUGCCCGGUGCCAGGAAUAAGGUCAGGGGCAAACCCAAUGUCCUGUCUAAGGCAGGAGCUGAACCAGAUAAAACAGGCUCUGUUCAGCACCAGGCUGUAGUGAGUUCCCUGGGUGAGGCCUUAUCUAGUACUAAGAAUAAGAUUAAGGGCAAUUCCAAUGCUGUGUCUGUAACAGGGGCUGUGCCAGAUGCAAGGGGCCCUGCCCCACCCCUGGAUAUGGCCAUUUCUCAGGGUGAGGCCUUGCCUGGUGCCAAGAAUAAGGUCAAGGGCAAUGCCAAUGCUGCAUCUAAGGCAGGAGGUGGGCCAGAUACAACUGGCUCUGACCAGCUCCAGACUAUGACUAAUUCUCAUGGUGAGGUCUUACCUGGUACUAAGAAUAAGGUCAGGGAUAAUCCCAAUACUGUGUCUAAGGCAGAGGACCAAACAGAUGCAACAGGCUCUGUCCAGCCCCAGGCUGUGUUUAAUUCCCAAGGUGAAUCCUUACCUGUUACUAGGAAUAAGGUCAAGGGUAAUGCCAAUGCUGCAUCUAAGGCAGGGGCUGGGCCAGAUGCAAUGGACUCUGUCCAGCCCCAAGCUGUGACCAAUUCACAGGGUGAGGCCCUGUGUGUUACUAAGAAUAAGGUCAGGGAUAAUCCCAAUACUGUGUCUACGGCAGAGGACCAAACAGAUGCAACAGGCUCUGUCCAGCCCCAGGCUGUGUUUAAUUUCCAAGGUGAAGCCUUACCUGUUACUAGGAAUAAGGUCAAGGGUAAUGCCAAUGCUGCAUCUAAGGCAGGGGCUGGGCCAGAUGCAAUGGACUCUGUCCAGCCCCAAGUUGUGACCAAUUCACAGGGUGAGGCCCUGUGUGUUACUAAGAAUAAGGUCAGGGAUAAUCCCAAUACUGUUUCUAAGGCAGAGGCCAGAGCAGAUGCAACCAGCUCUGCCCAGCCCCAGGUUGUAUCUAAUUCCCAAGGUGAGUUAUUGCCUGGUACCAGGAAUGAAGUCAAGGGCAAUCCUAGUGCUGUGUCUAAGGCAGGGCCUGGGCCAGACGCAAUGGGCUCUGUCCAGCCCCAAACUGUGGCUAAUUCUUGGGGUGAGGCCUUGCCUGGUGCCAAGAAUAAGGUCAAGGGCAAUGCCAAUGCUGCAUCUAAGGCAGGAGGUGGGCCAGAUACAACUGGCUCUGACCAGCUCCAGACUAUGACUAAUUCUCAUGGUGAGGUCUUACCUGGUACUAAGAAUAAGGUCAGAGAUAAUCCCAAUACCGUGUCUAAGGCAGAGGACCAAACAGAUGCAACAGGCUCUGUCCAGCCCCAGGCUGUGUUUAAUUCCCAAGGUGAAUCCUUACCUGUUACUAGGAAUAAGGUCAAGGGUAAUGCCAAUGCUGCAUCUAAGGCAGGGGCUGGGCCAGAUGCAAUGGACUCUGUCCAGCCCCAAGCUGUGACCAAUUCACAGGGUGAGGCCCUGUGUGUUACUAAGAAUAAGGUCAGGGAUAAUCCCAAUACUGUGUCUAAAGCAGAGGCCAGAGCAGAUGCAACCAGCUCUGCCCAGCCCCAGGUUGUAUCUAAUUCCCAAGGUGAGUUAUUGCUUGGUACCAGGAAUGAAGUCAAGGGCAAUCCUAGUGCUGUGUCUAAGGCAGGGCCUGGGCCAGAUGCAAUGGGCUCUGUCCAGCCCCAAGCUGUGGCUAAUUCUUGGGGUGAGGCCUUACUUGGUGCUAAGAAUAAGGUCAAGGGCAAUUCCAAUACUGUGUCCAAGUUAAAAGCUGGAACAGAUACAACAAGCUCUUCUCCGCCGCAGGUUUCAGACAGUUCCCAUGGUGAGGCCUUGCUUGGCGCUAGGAGUAAGGUCAAGUGCAAUACCAAUGCUGAAUCCAAGGUAAAGGCCAGAAAAGAUACAAUGGUCUCUGGCCAGCCUCAGUCCAUGGUCCUUUCCCAGAGUAAGAUGUUGCUUGGUGCAAAGGACAAAGCUAUACCCAAAUCUAAAGCAGAAACCACAGAAGAAGGUGCUGUCUAUAAAAAUCCCAAGUCUAAGGCCAUGCUCACUUCAGACAGUGAAGGUGGGACAGGUACUCUGGCCUGUGGAAAGACACAGCCUAAAGUCCAUGACUAUUACUGGAAUGAAAUUGGUAUUGAAGAUUGGAUUGCCUCUGAGCGAUGGAUCAAAUUUAGGUUUCAGGCCAAGGAUGGAUACUGGGAGAAUAACAUGUCCUGGGUUGAUGAUGAGAAUGAAGCCAGUAUUGAGUCCUGGAGCGGGGCUAGUGAUAAGUCUGGUAUUAGGUCCUGGGCUGGGGCUUGUGAUGAGGCUGGCAUUAAGUCCUGGCCUUGGGCUAGGGAUGAGAAUAAGGUUGGUGUUGAAUCCUGGGAUAGAUCUGAGGACCAGGCCAGUGGGGAUCUCUGGACUAGGAACAAGGCCAUUAGAGGGUCCCGGACUGGGGCUGAGAACCAGGUCAGUGGAGGGUCUUGGGUUGGCCCUAGGGACAAGGCUAUUGGGGAACCCUGGACUGGAGAUCAGGUCAGUGAGGGUUCCCAGGCUGGGGGCCAGGCCAGUGAAGUGUCCUGGGUUGGGGAAGAGGCAAUUGGAGGGUCCUGGACAGUGGCUGAGAACAAGGCCAAUGGAGGGUCCUGGCCUGGAGUUCAAAAGCAAGCUAGUGGAAGGUCCCUGGAUGGGGAUAGGAUUCAGGCAAAUGGAGGUUCCUGGACUGAUACAAGGGCUAGAAAUGUGGCUAGUAUUGGCGACUGGGCUGGCACUGUGGACAAGGCUAUUGGAGAGUCCUGGGUUGGGACUGGCGAUCCACUUGGUGGUAGAUCCAAGCCUAGAUUGGAUAAUCAGGCUAGUGAAAAUGUAUCCUGGGCUGAGGCUGGUGACCAGGGCAGUGGAAGGUCUAGGUUGGGGUCUGAGGACCAGUCCAGUGGAAGACCCUGGGCUGACACUGCAGAUCAAGCCAGUGGAGUGUCCAGUCUGGGGCCUGUGGACCAGUCCAGCAGUGGGUCCUGGGCUACGACUGGGGAACAGGCUGAUGGAGGGUCUAGGCCAGGGUUUGUGGACCAGUCCAAUGUUCAGUCCUGGGCUGGCACUGAAAAGGAAGCUAGUGGAAGGUCCUGGGUUGGGGCUGGAGAUCAGGCAGGUAGCUGUUCCAAACCUGGAUUUGAGGGUCAGGCCAGUGGAGGAGGCUUCCGAGCUGGCACUAGGAAUCAAGCUGGUAGAAAAUCCUGGGCUGGGUCUAGGCUGGAACAUGAAAGUCAGACAAGUGGGGGGUCCUGGGCUAGGACUAGGGACCAGGCCAGUGGAAGGUCCCAGGUCAGUGCUGGGGUGGAGGAUAAUGAAGGAUACUGGCUCGGGGCUGGGAUUGAAGCUAGUACAGGAUCCUGGUUUUGGAAAGGGGAAGAGGCUGGUAUUGUGUCCAGAUCUGGAUAUAAAAAUGAACCCAGUAUUGAAUCCAGAUCAGUGACUGAGGAAGAGAUUAUCAUUAGUUCCAUAUUUGAGGAUGAGGACAAGGCCAGUAUUGGGUCCUGGAGUAGAUCUGAAGAGGAGGCCUUUAUGGAUUCCUUUGUGGGGGCUGAGGCCAGGAAAGAGUCUUGGCUCUGGGAUGAAGAUACAACCACUACAGGGUCUAGGCUUGGGGCUGGGGAAGGGCCUGGCAUGAGGUCCUGGUCUUUCGCUGAGGAUAUAGAUGAGGAUGAACUAAGUAGAGCGUCUAGCCCUGAUAUUGAGGAGAUCAGUUUAAGAUCCUUGUUUUGGACUGAGAGUGAGAACAAUGAGUGCAUAUCCAAGAGUGAGAAAAAUGUCAGUUUUGAGUGUGGGGCUGGAGAUGAGGAUAAGCUUGAGGCUGCUGGUGGAGUUGAUAUAAGGUCUUGGUUCAGGGAUGGUAAUGAAAACAGAAGUGGAAACAAAUCUGCACCUAAGAGUAAAAAAUCAUCUGAGUCUAGAGGCACAUAUCCGUCCAUGGUUCCUGGGGCAGGAAUGGGAUCAUGGGCAGAAACCAUGAUCUGGACGGAAAUGAAAUAUCCAUACCAAAAUGAACCCUGCUUACCACUUGAAGAUGGCCUCAGAAAGCAGAUCAGGCCCGGGGCGAAAGCUCAGCCCUGGCCUUUCCACUGUAAACACAAAACUAACAUGGAUCCACGAGAGCUUGAAAAACUCAUUUGCAUGAUUGAGAUGACUGAAGAACCUUCUAUUCAUGAAAUAGCCAAUAAUGCUCUAUUUAACAGUUCCGAUUAUCCGUUUUCCCAUGAAGUCAUUCAUAAUGCAGGUAGAAUCUCAGUUAUUGAAAGCUUGCUCAAUAAUCCCCACCCCAGUGUUAGGCAGAAGGCUUUAAAUGCACUAAAUAACAUCUCGGUGGCUGCUGAAAAUCAUAGGAAGGUUAAAACAUAUUUAAAUCAAGUAUGUGAAGAUACCGUCACCUAUCCCUUGAAUUCAAAUGUGCAGCUGGCUGGACUAAGAUUGAUAAGGCACCUGACUAUAAUUAGUGAAUAUCAGCAUAUGGUUACAAAUUAUAUUUCAGAAUUUCUUCGUUUGUUAACUGUGGGAGGUAGAGAAACGAAAGAACAUAUUUUGGGUAUGCUUUUGAAUUUCUCUAAAAAUCCAUCUAUGACAAAAGAUUUGCUCAUAGCCAGUGCACCAACAUCAAUAAUUAAUAUUUUUAGCAAGAAAGAGGCAAAAGAGAAUAUUAUUAAUGCUCUUUUACUAUUUGAAAAUAUAAAUGACCAUUUUAAAAGAAGAUCAAGAGUAUUUACCCAGGACAAUUUCAGUAAAAAUUCCCUUUACUUCGUAUUCCAACGACCUAAAGCAUGUGCCAAGAAACUUCGAGUCUUAGCAGCAGAAUACAAAGACCCUGAGGUGAAAAAAAGAGUUGAGCUAUUAUUAAGUAAACUUUAAUUAGUUGUAUGUUUCCAAACAAAUCUGAGUAAUAUUUUGGUUUUGCAUCCUGGGGGUAAUACACUUUGUAAAUUGCAUUAUAACUUUGAUACUGAUGUUAUUUAUGAUGGUUUGUUGCUGGACCACUUUAUGAACACCAGAUUAAUUCAAACUUGUACAGAAAAUACAUGUGUUGCUUUUUACCUUGUCUAGAUUGAGAUGUUUUUAGUAUGCUUCAUGAGCAGAAACUAAGCCAAUUCUUCAUGAGUAAGGUAAUCUUUGGUCCUUUGUGUGGACUUAUGUUUAUACAUUUGAGAUUUUAUUUUUGUCAUCAAUAAAGUUUGUGUUUGAAGCAG